AUGAGUGAUGCAUUCAAUAUUCCAAAAAGGAUGACGACGUCUCUUUUUCGAUUCUCGUUUCGUCAUUACAAUACCCUAUCGCUUUUAAAUUCACACCCUUCAAAGCAUGCAUGCGAUCAUUCAUUCAAUAUUAUCAAUUCCUCAAAUAAGAGAAAUUCUUCAAGCAACAUAAGUCCAUCAUCAAAUUCUCCAUUGAUGAUAUCAGCACCCGAAUUCUCUGUGGACUACCUAAUAAUAGGUGCUGGUGUAGUUGGACUUGCUAUAGCUGAGCGACUCUCGAAACGACAAGGAAAGUCGGUUUUGUUGGUCGAAAAGAAUUCUAGGUUCGGCGAAGAAACAAGCUCAAGAAAUAGUGAAGUGAUUCACGCAGGAAUCUAUUAUCCUAAUGAUAGCUUGAAAACACGAUUAUGUAUUCGCGGAAAGCAAUUACUUUAUUCUCUAUUAUUUUCCCAAAAUCAGGAUUCUUCCUCAACCCGAAUAAACUACACAUCUUCCAUAACUACAGACUCCUUUGUCUCCGAUUACAUCCCUUCUCACCCUUUUAUCCUUUCUAGCAGUACCCUUUCACCUCCUCAUCAAAAGUUGACAAUUCCCUUUUAUCGUAUAGGCAAGUGGAUAGUUUCCAGAACUGAUGAUCAAUCCUCCUACUUGUCUUCCUUACACGAAAAAUCCCGAAAUAUCGGAGUGAAGACCUAUUUCCUGUCGAAAGAACAACAACAACUCUUAGAACCAAACGUGAAAGCGAAUGAGGUAUUGGUAUCUCCCACAACAGGAAUUUUUGAUUCGCACUCAUUCAUGUCCUGGUUGGAAUGGAUGUUCCGAGAUAAAGGUGGUGAUUUGGUGGUAAAUUCGGAGGUUACCAAUAUUAUUAGAGGAAAUUAUGGUAGUGGAGAUGGGUACAUCGUGGAAAUUAGUGAUGCUGAUUCUGUAGAUCGAUCCUUAUCCUCGCCGUCUUCAACGGCACCAAAAACGCGUGUUUUCUCUCCGGUAGUUGUAAACGUAGCAGGACUCUACUCCGAUCGGAUAGCAAAUAUGUUACUACCACCAGAGCACCAUUAUAAACUUUAUUAUGUCAAAGGACACUAUUUUGGUUAUCGAGAUGGCGGAGCAUUAAAAGUGCAACACCUUAUUUACCCGGUACCUCCAGAAAACUUGAAGUCUUUAGGAAUACAUCUUACAUUAGAUCUCAAUGGUAAGAUAAGAUUUGGACCUGAUGUGUUGUAUAUCAACAAACCUGAUGAUUAUAAGAUUGACGAUAAGAGGAGAGACAUAUUUUUUGAAGCUGUUAGGAAUUACCUACCAGGGAUUAAGAAAGAAGGAUUGUAUGCCGAUUACGCAGGAAUUAGACCAAAAUUAUCAGGGUUAGAUGAACCAUUUAAAGAUUUUGUAAUUAAGGAAGAGGUUGAACAUGGACUAAAAGGAUUUGUAAAUUUGUCGGGAAUUGAAAGUCCGGGGUUGACUUCUUCGCUGGCAAUUGCGGAAAUGGUGGAUAAUAUGCUGAUCGAUAGAUAA